AUGAAAAAUCUUUUACAAACAAUGUCAAAUUUAGAAAAAUUAAAAAUUGAAAUGGAAUCAACUUAUAUUGAUGGUUAUCAAUGGAAAACGAUAAUUGAAAAUUAUUUACUAAAUUUAAUUAUUUUUCAAUUCAAAAUGUCAACACCAUUAUCUAAUCAAGAUAAUAAAGAAGACAAAAUUGAUGAAAUAUUAAAUUCAUUUUAUAGUCAAUUUUGGAUUGAAAAACAUCAAUGGUUUAUUCAAUGUUAUUGGAUAACAGCUGAUACAUCAUCAAUUGUUUAUGUAUAUACAUUACCAUAUGCAUUUCAAGAUUUUUUUUAUAUUGGUAAUGUUCGAUUAAAAUCAACAUGUCCUAAUAAUAAUCAAUGUUGGUCUUUUGAUUCUAUACAUAAUUUAUAUUAUGGACAUUUUCUAUCUCAAAAUUUGUCUUUAUCUCAUAUUCAUUUAGAUAAUAUUCACUAUUUGGAUUUAACAAUACCAUUUGAUGAAUCAUUUUGGUUAAUGGUAUCAACACUUGAACGAUUAAAUUCUUUAAAUAUUGUUUUAUAUAGUAAUAAAGAUUUGAUUGAUAUUCAUUCAAAAUUACAAAUAUUAUUUGAUCGAUCACCUCAUCUUUGCUAA